AUGGGCAACUCUUCCAUGAAGGACGAGGGGGACGAGGAGCAGGAGGGGACGAAGGAUGGCGAAGAGGAUGAGGCUGGCUCAAGAAGGAACAAGGAAGAGGAAGAGGUGGAGGUAGAGCUUCCACUGGGGGUGGAGGAGAUGUUGGAGAGCGGAGAUCCCGUCUUGGAUUUGAGUUAUCGUAAAUUUAAGAGGCUGCCUCAGCGUGUUUGCAAACUGCUGCACCUGGAGAAGCUUUAUGUUUGCGCGAACAGCCUGCGCACGCUGCCCGACAGCAUGUCGCAGCUUCAGGGCCUGCGGACGCUCGCCCUGGACUUCAACAAGCUGGAAGACGUUCCCUUGGCCAUCUGUCAGCUCACCGGCCUCACCCGUCUCUACCUGGGCAGCAACAGACUGAUGAGCCUCCCGUCCGAGUUCAGGAACCUGCAGAGUCUGAGGGGCUUGUGGAUCGAGAGCAACUUCUUCAUGAGCUUCCCCCGUGAGCUCUACGACCUGCCUCACCUGAAGUCCCUGCAGAUGGGGGACAACCGGCUGAAAACGCUGCCUCAAGACAUUUGCCGCAUGGAGACUCUCAGGGGGUUAUGGUUGUACGGAAACCGCUUUGACACCUUUCCCAAAGUCCUGCUCCGCAUGGAGGCUUUGGAGAUCUUAGACCUGGACAAAAACAAAAUGUCUGAGCUUCCCAGUCUGAAGCGUCUCAAGACCCUCCGCCUGUUUUCCUACGACCACAAUCCGAUCAGUCAGCCUCCUAAGGUGGGCCAAGAGGUGUUUCUGGUUGGCGAGGGCGCUGCUGAGUUCUUGGAGAUACGCGAGGCCAGGAAGGAGAGGCGACGGAAGGCCGCUGAGCAAGCAGCAGAGGAGCUGGCCUUGGCUGAGGAGGAGCCAGUGAUUCAUGGCAUCCUCAAGAACAGCAGCGCAAACUCCAAACCAGCAGCAGAUGAAGCUGUGGCGACCACUGAAGAUUCAGACGUUAGGAGUGAAGAGGUGAAGGACAAGGAGGAGGCAGAAGAGGAGGAGGAGGAAGGCUUCCUGGAGCAGUCAGUGAUGGAAUAUGAAGGAGCUGAGCUGGAAUAUGAUGAAGAGAUGGUGGAAUAUGAGACGGAGGAGCUGAUCUGUGAGGGAGAAGGGUUCGAGUUUGAGGGAGAGGAGCUGGAGUAUGAAAGCACGCCGUUGGACUACGAGUAUGAAGACGGGGAGGAACUGGAAGACGCGGCGAGACAAGACAAAGGUGCAUGAGAGAAAACGUCAACCCGCGGUGUCCAACCC